GACGUUUAAUUCUAACCUCACACUUUCCUUUUUUUAUUGAUUUUCCUGAUAUUUUAUAAUCAGUGAAUGCUGAUAUCGAAGUGAUAGUGAUAGUAUAGUAACUCUUGAUAUUUUUUUUCGAAUUUUUCAAAAUAAUUUAUUGUUUCGCCUCAUGUAGACAAUGUGUAGACAAAUGCUCACGUAAACAAUUCGAAUUGUCUACGCGUAGACAAUCAAUUGUUUACGUUGACAUAGGCCUGUUCGCACAUCACUGGAUGUAGGUAUGUAAUCAGUGGUAUCUAUCGAUACCACAUUGUUAAAUCGACGUUUUUCGGUAUCAUGUUUUAAAAAAAUCGAUGCAACUUUGUCAUCUCUGCCUCAGCCUGAGUAAUGUAUUUAAUUAUUUAUGACUGAUGAAUGAUGGAAUAUGAUUGUGAAUAGUUUUUUAAAAAACAUUUUUAUGAUAACAACAAAGGAUGAUAAUAUUUUGCUGAAAAUGAUUUUGGGAUAACUUGGUAAAUAUUAUGGAAUGGAUACGAAAUAACCCCUUUUUCCAAAAAAACAACCGAAAUGUGAUAAAUACAGAGGAAGAAUGUGAUCCGCAAGCUUGUUAUGAUAGUUUCAAGGGGCACUGGGAUCAAGCUCUCAAAAUACUCCUCAGGGCUCAGCAAUUACCAAGCCAUGAUGAUGUUUUGGGUGUUGUCAACCACUUGGAACAGAUGAUAACAUUGCUCCUAUAUGACAUGAAAAAAACUGACAGAUUAUGCAUGACUCUAAAUUCAUCAAAAUGUGUGGAAUUUCUCUUGACUGGAAAUAUUCUUAAUAAACUAUUUGAAUGGAGCAUGCGAUCUGGCAAAUACACAAAUGCCGUCCGAUGUGAGCAAAUUAAAUUAUAUGAUACUUUAAUAAGUCAAUCCAGGCACCUUUUAUUGGAACAUAAUUCGUUUGUAAAGCCUCUACUGAAUCUCCUAAGUUCUUGCAAUGGAGAAGUAUUUUCCAAAGAAAUAAAUAAACUUCUUGUCGAUCUUUUAAACCAGCUAAGCACCUUGCUGGUACAACAACCAGAAUUUGUAAAUUUAUUUGUUGUAAAAGAAAAAAAUGUAAAUAGGUUCAUAAUUUUUUCUCUACUCAUACCAUUUAUACAUAAAGAAGAUGCAAUUGGAAUGAGAGCAAGAGAUGCCUUACUCCUCUGUAUGUCAUUAUCAAAAAAAAAUAAAGAAGUUGCUGAGUACAUAUCAGAGUCCUCAAAUUUUUCCGUUUUAGUAGCAUCAGGUCUUAGUGGAUUAUAUUCAGUUUUACCAAAUGUUAUAAAUGAUAUAGGUGUACCUGAUUGGCAUCGUUUCACUCCAGAUGAUGUAAAUGAAAUUAAAGGUUUAUUAUAUUUUGUUACUUCUUUAGAAUUUAGUAAUGCAAUAGCCCAAGUGGCACAUCCGUCAAUCAGGAGACAAUUACAAGAAUUCUUAUAUAGAGGGUUUUUGAUUCCUGUUCUUGGUGCUGCUUUAUUACAAAACAAUAUUCAAGAACAAGUUGCAGCUAUAGCCUAUCUUGAGCUCAUAAUUCGCACCGUAACUGAGCCUGGAUUAUUACAUUCUGUUCUACAAUUUUUAAUAAAAGUUGAAUAUGAUGGUGAAAGACUGCUAAAUAUUUUAAUACAACGAAUACAAUCGAACGAUAUGCAACUAUGUUUGGUCUCUUUAGCCAUGUUUGAGAGUAUGGUCGAUUUAAAUUGUGAAGAUUUACUAUUGGAACUUGUUUUUAAAUAUUUACAGCCAAGUUUCCACUUAAUAAUAUCGCAACGAAAAAUGCUGCUACCUUUGGAUCCAUUGUGUCCAAGUUUCGAAAAACUCUUAUCUCUAGCGCCGAACUGUUGUCAGUUACCUGACGAAGUUGUAAUUGAUGGAAACGCAGCCCAGUGGAAUCAUUUUAAGCAUAAACAGAGUUUAUAUGGAAAAUAUUAUGCUUAUCUGUGCGAUGCAAGAAGUAAAAUUGGACAAUGUCAAAAGGCUUGUUCCACAUGGAGUAAUAGAUAUGAUGGAGAUGAGGAAGGUUUACCUGGAACAGAUGAAAAAUCUGACAGUUUGAUAUCCCUUGAGCGUAGUAGCGGAUAUGAAAGUUUUAACAUGCUAAAUGAAGAGAUUAAAGAAGAACAAGAAAUUUGGCAAAUAUCAUCUAACAAACCAAAAAGGUCAAACUUGAAUACUAGCUUUGAUGAGAAUCCUUGCCUAGAAGAAUCGCCUACUGCUGGACCAUUUAUGACAGUAUUACUUGAAAAAUUGAAAAAAUUCAUGUCAAACUCCAUAUACGUCAAUUUACAUUUAACAGGAUUAUUAUCUAGAUUAGCAGUAUAUCCCCAGACGUUAUUGAGAGCAUAUUUGCUUGAUCAUAGUUUGGUUCUGCAACCCAAUAUACCAUCUAUGUUUGAGAUCAUUGGAAUAAUAAAACAACAGAUCGAUGAAUAUAUGAGUCGACAGCCUGAGAGAAUUAAUUUAAUCCGAUAUGCACAAGAAGUUUUAGUACACAGAGAAAUCAUGUUGGUGAAUAUUAGGAGGUACCACAUAGAAAAAACAUCUGUAUCAAAACCUGCCGCACAAGAAACAAAUGAACCUUUCCAAAGGAACAACCCUAAGAGACGCAGCCUAAAUAUCCCUUCAAUAACCAGUAUGUUUGGUCGAAGACCUAGUCAAAUUGACACAAGUCUACCAAUGAUUGCCUCGGCAGAGGAAUUGCAAUAUAAUUUAAUAUACCCCAAAUUCAAUGAGGGACAGCAUGUGGCUUUAUGUGGAGUUCUUUUAGAUGAAUGGGUGAAGGAGCUAGCGGCGUUAGCUCAAGAACAUACUAUUGCCCAACUUGCCACUUUAAUAAAUUAAUUUCAUUUUUUGUAAGUUAACCAGGGUUGUUUGGUGCGGUUUUUGGAUGUUUUAAAAUUCUUUUUUCUGAAAACGGUUGAUUUGGUUUAUUUUGACGUUUAUUUGUUACAUGUCAUUCAUGGACCUCAUUAUGCCACAGGUUUGACUGAAUUUAUUAUAUCUUGUUAGGUUUAAAAUAAUCAGUCACAAUUUGAAUUAUAUAAAAAUCUCAAACCUUAUCAUAAUGACCAAACAUUGAGGCUAAUUCAUGCCCGUGAAGUGUCAGUUCCGUGCCAUAUCUAUCAGGUACCUACUGACAUUCUUGCCUCUAUUCGAAUGAGCUUUCAAGAAUUAAUUUUCAGUGUCUGUCAAUCUAGUUCUACUAAAAUCAUUGAACCUGGUUUACUUACAGAAUGUCAUCUUAAAAUAAGAUAUUUUUUGUGAGAGUUAGUUUUUAAAGUUUGAAUAAUUUUACAAGCACCUAUUUAUUCCGCCAUAUUCACAAUUUUUACCAAGGUUGUUUUGUUAAUAAUAACAAUAACCCAGUACAACUUACUAUAUUUUUAUUUGCAUACUUGUAAGUUAAAAAGUCCAAUUAUUUUUAUUUAUUUCUUGUUUCAGCUACUGCUGACUUUUCGUGUUGUAUUCACUGCUUCACCCUGUAUUUCCAUGUGUAUGUAUGUAUGAAAUUCUAUAAAGAUUUACCAAUGUUUUCGAUCAGUUUUAAUUGAAAAUUUUCCAUAAGUACCUAUAAGAUAUUUGCAACUAUGCUAAAAAUUUAUAUUUGCUGUGAAUACUAGUGAGUACAUUGUUUUUUUUAAAUAUUUCAACCAGACUAAUUUGUGAUAUUUUAUUGAAAAUUUUGUUGACCAAGUCAAUAAUAUCGUAAAUCUUUUUUUCUUAAUAUUGUUACUAUGAUGUCAAUUUGAGGAAAAAAAACUUAUUAACUUUUACGUACAGCCUGCUUGAGAAGCGGGAUUUAUUGUUUUCGUUUUAUAAAAUUUUAAAUAUGUAUUUGUAAAUUGCACGACACAGUCACAAGUUAAUUUUGCAUAACUGUUGGCUACCAGUUUGUGAUUGUUUUAGCCAAUAAUAAUCACUAAAUGGUUUGGGAUUUCUGCAAGAAAUUGAAUCCCAAAUUGGUGAUAGAGACAUCAGGAUGUAGAAAUUCAUUUGAACUAUCAUAAAAUGUAUAUUUCAAGCUCUUUUAACCUUCUUCUUCCCAUCACAAGAAAAAAUACGUAGAUUCCCACGUGGGGUAUACAUUCGCACCCCAUGAUAAAAAAUGAUACUUUAGACAAUUAAACAUGUUUUUAUUUAUACAGUGUGUCCCGCUUAAGGACUGACCACCCUUCUAAAAUUUUUAUUUUUUAAACCGAUUCAAUUCAUUUUUUUUUGUCUUAAAGUUACUCGAUUUUGGCACUUAUUUGGCUCAUAAUUUUAUUUCUGCGGUUGUACAGGUGUACAGGGUGUCCACAUUUAUAGGCUCAAAUUUCAAUUAGUACUAUUAGGGAUUUUUUUAGAAAAAAUCUGAUAGCAGAUUCUUGUUUAGCAUGGUCUAAAACCCGCAUGUACUAAUUUUUGUUUCAAUAUGAUACAGGGUGAUCGCAACAAAUUUUCAAAAUUUAAUGGACCAAACCGGAAAAAUAUCAUAUUUUGAGGCCUUGAGAACAACAAAACUUGAUAUAAUAUAGUUUUAGAACAUUCUUAACCAAAACUUGUAGUAAGCUUGUCUCAAAAUAUAACAUUUUUGCAGUUUGAUUCAUUAAAUUGGGAAAAUUUGUUGUGAUCACCCUGUAUCGUAUCGACAUAAAAAUUAGUACAUUUGGGUUUUAGACCAUUCUAAACAAGAAUCUGCUAUCAGAUUUUUUCUAAAAAAAUCCCUAAUAGUACUUAUUGAAAUUUGAGCCUAUAAAUGUGGACACCCUGUACACCAGUACAGCCGCAGAAAUAUAACUAUGAGCCAAGUAAGUGUCAAAUUCGAGUAGAUAUAAGACAAAAAAAAAAAAUGAAUUGAAUCGGUUGAAAAUUAAAAAUUUUAGAAGGGUGGUCAGUCCUUAACACUCUGUACUAAACAGUUAUAAUAGAUAAAAUCAACAUAUAACAAGAGUACAGUUAGCGAAAAAAAAUAGUUAGGACUUAUUAUUAAUUAUGUACAAAGGCCCUUAGUGACACAAAAUAAAAUAAGUCACAAAAAAUAUGCACUUUUUGGGAAAAUAUGCUAGAAAAAUUGUUUUCUGGGGUACACUUGUACCCCACCCACCCGGGAAGACAAGGUUAAUAAUUAUUAUUUUGUUAAAAAUGACAGUGACAAAUUUUGAAAUGGGUUUUUUUCAACAGUGUAUUUUAUUGUGAUUGAAAGGGGUUCCAUAAGAUGUAAGCGGGAUGUAAUUUUUCUUAAUCAUUUCUGGAAUUGUUUAUUUUAACAACACUUUUAUUUUUACUACAUUUAUAACCAUUAUAUUGUACAGAUUGAAAUACCAAACCCCUUGGUUUGAGCUUCAUGAGCAUUGCCUGCCCAAACCAUUACAGAUCAUUCCUGGAAACUAACCCUAUCUAUUUUUUUUUUUGCAUUGAACAUAUCGCUGUCAUACCUCCAAGAGGACUGUUUUAGUUCAAACCUAGACUCUACCCAGUACUAAUUUAGUCUUGCCAUCUUUGGAAUUGAAAUAAAAACUUCAAAAACGUAUAAACUUAUAUAAAAAUCACAGCUUUAAAAAUUACCUUCUGUGCUUAUCACUAAUUUGGGAUGACCUAUAUUUCCGAAUUUGCAGAAAAAUUAAACAAUAUAUUAGGUUUCUGUGGCCAUAGACAAAAUUGUAUGCAGAUUUUUUUUUUCCCUUUAUUUCUUUAUUGUGUGAUUUAUUUAAUUUAUGUAUUAAGAUUUUUUUUAUUUAUUUGUGUGUCUAUUUUCUAUGCGGUAAUAAUAAAUAUUGAUUGGCAAGAAUCCAAAUUUCUAGGCAAUUUAGUAAGACGUUUUUAGGCUUCAUGGACACAAACCAUCUAAUUUCAGUUCAACUAGCUGCAAUAAUUUGUAUACCUACAUAUCUUUUAUUGAAAGUACUUACAAAUAAAAUUAAACAUGUCAAUAUUUGUAAAUAUGUAUGUUGGAUGAUAAUAAUUAAUAUAAGAUACAAAUAUAGUACAUAUAUAUAAUAUAAUAAAUUAUUAACAAUGACAUGCAUGCUUUUUUACCUUGGAAUAUCUGAUGAUGAGUUUAUUAAAAAAUAUAAACAUUUUCUUAAUGUAAUACUAUCAUUUCGCUGAGAACAAUGCGGUAAGUUAUUAAUUUAUUUAAAGGUGUGUUCCAAUAAAAAUUUGAAUGCCUUGCAAUCUGUUUUGGGAAAAUCUUAAUCCUGUAAAAACAUUUAUUUACAUAAUUUGAUACAUGCAAUGUGCAUAUUGUAAUAAUUUUUUGUUGACACAAAACCAGGAAAGAUUUGUUUAUUAUUCAUACAAUUCUUGCAGGACCAAUUUAAUUAUACAAAUUUUUUUUUAACUUUGUUUUGUCCAAUUUUGAUAAGUCCGAUCUUAGAUUUGACUUAAAAUUUACCUAAUUAAGGCCCGGUUUAUUCUUCAGAUAAACUUGCUGGUAACAAUCUGCAAGAUAAAUUUACCGUUCUGUAUUUCUAUUGGUCGGCGGAUAACUGGCCGACCAAUGCGAUUACAGAUUGCGUUUUUAUCCGUCAGAUUGCAUACCUGACAGUUCAUCAGGAGGUGAAUUACCCGUCCCUUAAAGAAAACAUUUGUUAGCAUUUCAUCCAUUUUAAAAACGCAAAACAUUUUGUUUGUAGAAGCAGACAAAGGACAAAACUGCUAUGGCGAUAUUUUUUCAAAUUAAAUUCAAUCCUUUUGUUUUAUGGUAGUGAUAACUAGUUAAUUAGAACAAGUAGGUAUGAAAAAAAAAACACGGUAAAGCGUAGUGCCAAAAAUUCUAUCUAAAAAAAAUCUCAGGAUGCCUUAAAAUAAUCAAUAAAUGUUAUUAAUGUCGUACCUAAUCUUUAAAGAAAAUCUAUGCUUUGGAAAACCCAUUGCUAGACUUGACGAGUUGAUGAGUACCGGUGAAAACAACAAACUAUAAUAUAUUUAUGAUUUAACAAGAAAUAAACCAAGAAAUCAAGGUCAAAACCUAUGAGUGUUCCAUUGCCGAGUUUUCUUUGGAAUUGGCUAAGUUUACAAAUAAAUGCCUAAUAUUUUGGCGUAAAUACAUAAUUGGUGGUUUUUGUGUGAAAUGUGCUGUAAAAAUGUUUAUUUUGUUUGUCAUUUUAUUUACAAAACAACUACCUACAAUCAUUGUAAUGAUUUGUGUUAUUGUGUCAUUUUAAAUUGAAAUUUGUGACUUCAUUAGAGGAUAAAUUGUUUUAUAAUAAAAUUAUUUUAACAAUAUACGGUAAUUUAGCUUUUAUUUAAUCAAUUAUUCACUGUUAAUUUUUUGCCUAUUAUCCC